AUGAGCCCAGCGAACGGCAUGCCGAAUGGCCACUCGGCCAACGGAGGACAGUUUACCGCCAAGACAUACCCCGUCAAGUCUACCGACGCGCGGUACAAGUUCUUACUCAAGCAGACGGAGAGGAGGUUGCGGGAAGGCUUCAUUGGCGGGUACUACGAGGACUACAACCUAUCUGCCCUCCUGACAGCACACCGACUUGAUGACGAGGCACAUGUCAAGCUGGAGUACUGGGCCGCCCCAAAUGGGUCCAAGGCUUCGUUCGACGAAGCCAAGAACCAAGUAUACAAGCCCGUCAAGAAAGGUAUCCGCCUCGGGCCCAACUGGUCCAACCACUGGUUCAAGGUCGAGGUGAACAUUCCACCCGAGUAUGCCAACUAUGAGCGAGUGCAGCUCGAGUUUGACUUUGCUGGUGAAGGCCUGGUGUAUGGUGAAGACGGUUUCGCGUACCAAGGCCUCACAGGUGGCGACUACAAUGAGCGCCGUGUCGACUUCAUCAUCCCCGACAACCACCGUGCAGCAGGAGUUGGUCGAUACUACAUUGAGGCGAGCUGCAACGGCGUGUUUGGGAUCAACGACGACAUGUUCGGACCGAAGAAUAAUCACUUUGUCGAGCAAACUUGGGAACUCAUCACGGCCGACCUCGUUGUGCCCAACAUGGACGCAUGGCGCCUGAAGUGGGAUUACGAGUUCCUCGUGCAGCUGUGGCAGCAACUGCCUGACGAGUCGUCACUGUCCCAGGUGGCGCGGUACACUGCCAACGAGAUGAUCAACCACUUCCGACGGGGAGACUUGGCGAGCUGUGCCGCGUCGCGCAAGGUUGCAGAGAAGGUGCUUGGGGACAACUGGGAGCGGGAUGUCGACGCCGAGUGCCAGCAGACCGUCACUGACGGUACGCUGUGGGCAAUUGGCCACUGCCACAUUGACACGGGAUGGCUGUGGCCCUACUCGGUCACACAGCAAAAGUCGGCACGGUCAUGGUCCACGCAGCUGGACCUCAUGGAUCGAUACCCCGAGUACGUCUUCUCGGCGACCCAGCCCCAGCAGUUCCAGUGGCUGCAGGACCUCUACCCCGAGUUGUUUGCACGCAUUGUUGAGAAAUCUCAUGAGGGCAAGUUUGAGCCGCUCGGCGCGACCUGGGUCGAGAUGGACACCAACCUCCCGUCUGGUGAAGCCCUCGCCCGCCAGUUCCUCUACGGCCAGCGAUACUUUAAGCGCGAGUUUGGGGCCUACAGCUCCACAUUUGUGCUUCCCGACACAUUCGGGUACUCGUCCCAAUUGCCACAGAUCUCGCGCCUGUCGCAUGCUCCCAAUUUCUUCACGCAGAAGAUCUCGUGGAACGACACCAACCCGUUCCCGCACACGACGUUCAACUGGGUCGGGCUCGAUGGCACACAGGUGCUCGCACACAUGACGCCAGUGGGGACCUACACGGCGCAGUGCAAGGUUGAGGACUUCCGCAAAGCCGUCACUGAGCAUCGUAACCUCGAGGUCAGCAAGCAUACGUUGCUGCUGUUCGGUAACGGUGAUGGAGGCGGUGGACCCAACGCGCCCAUGCUUGAGUCGCUCCGCCGCGCGCGCGCGCUCGUGACCAACCGGGACGAUGCACCGGGCCACAUCCCCAAGAUCAAGUACGGCGGCAACUUUGGCGAUUUCUUUGACGCCGUGCGCGACGAGACGGCCAACGGCGCCACGCUGCCCAUCUGGCGAGGCGAGCUGUACCUUGAGAUCCAUCGCGCGACGUACACGUCGGGCGCGUUUGUCAAGAAGGGCAACAGGGAAAGCGAGAUCCUGAUGCGCGAGGCCGAGUACGCGGCGACGAUGGCAAGCGUGUACCGCGACUACAGCUACCCCAAGGCCCGGCUCGACAAGGUGUGGCAGGACCUGCUGCUCAACCAGUUCCACGACGUGCUGCCAGGCUCGUCGAUCAACAAGGUCUACGGCGAGGUGCGGGAGAUGUACGACAGCAUUCGGGCCAGUGCGCUCGAGGUUAUCAAGGAAGCGUAUGACGUGCUGUAUGGAACCGACAAGGGUGCCAACGGCCUGGUAGGCAUCAACACGCUGCCUGGUGUCGCUCGCGAGGAGGUGGUCCAGGUGCCGAGUGGGUGGGGAAGCCAGGGCGAGUAUGUCCUCCUUGCGAGUGACGGAGUGAGCGACGUCGCAGUGUCAGUCGAACCGACGGCUGCAGCGCCGACCGCGCGCCAAGUCGCUCCCGGGGUGUACGUGCUGGCCAACGCGGCCGUGGUCCUCCGCAUCGAGGGCGGACGGAUCACGAGCAUUCUCGACCUUGCCGAGGAGAAAGAGCUCAUCCCCGAGGGAGAGACCGCCGGCUUCGUCGUGUACGAAGACCAGCCCAACUACUGGGACGCGUGGGACGUCGAGGCGUUCCAUCUCGAGAAGGCCGACCAGCUGGUCUUCGACGCCGUCGAGGUGCUCACCACGUCACCUGUGCGCGCGACCCUCCGAACAACGAUCAAGUACAAGGCCAGCACGCUCGUCUUUGACCUCUCCCUGGACGCGACGUCCCGCACCCCCAAGCUGAUCACCAUCGAUGCCGACGUCGACUGGCAGCAGUAUCACGAGUUCCUCAAGUUCUACCUCCCCCUCACGAUCAGUGCGGACAAUGCGACCUACGACACGCAGUUCGGCGUCCUCCAGCGCCCGACGCACCGCAACACCUCGUGGGAUGCCGCGCGCUACGAGGUCUGCGCGCACCGCUUCGCGGACCUCAGCGAGUGGGGUUACGGCGUGGCCAUCGUCAACGAGUCCAAGUACGGCUACUCGACCACGGGCAAUGUCAUGACGCUGUCGCUCGUGCGCGGGAGCCGCAUGCCGGACCCCGAGCUCGACAUCGGCCAGCACCGGUUCAGCUUUGGCAUCUACCCGCACACUGGGACGUUUGCCGAGAGCGACGUGCCGGCAGUCGCGAGCGCGUUCAAUAACCCGUUUCGCUUGCGUCGCGCUGCGGAAAGGUUUGCAGGCAGCCCGGUGACGUUGAGCGGCGCGCGGAACGUCGUGCUUGAGACGAUCAAGCGCGGCGAGGACGACGGCGAGGGGACAAAGACAGUCAUCGUGCGCCUCUUCGAACAGUAUGGCGGCCGGGGUCGGGCAGUGCUCAACAUUGGUGCCAGCCUUGGCGUCGUCAAAGCCGAGGUGGUCGACAUCCUCGAGGAGCAUGUCUCAGACUUGGAGCUCGUACCCACCGCGACCGGGGCGAAGGUUACUCUCCCGUGCCACGGGUUCGAGAUCAAGACAGUCCGUCUGACUUUGUAG